AUGUCUGUUUGGUUUGCUUCUAAGUUAUACCUUGUGCGCGAGGAAUGGUCGGGACGGAGGUGGGGGAACCUGCAGGCGACGGCGACGGAGGCACAGGAGGUCACGGCAAUGAGGAAAUUCACCCGUUCGUGCUUGCUGAUGCUUGCGCUCCUAAGUGUGGCUCUGUUUAUGUUUUUCCAUCUUCAGCUGACGGAGGCACCAUCGCACCUGAGAGAGCCGCCGCGCCACUCGCCCCAACCCAACCCAGACUCCAAGAACACGACCCAAGGAACGGCAGAUCCUGACGAAGAUAUCACUCCCGAAGAAAACAGUCGCUCUGCCAAACCCGAAGGAGAUUCCGCAGCAGCACGUCUUGAACACCUGAAGGAGAAGUGCCAGGCGAUGCCCCGCCCUCCGGACACGCCCCAAACACCGUCCUUCGAGAGGGUUGUUGUGCCAAACGUGUUCAGUGCUUGUGUGCCCAAUAAGGUGGGGUCAAGUUCGUGGAAAUUUCUGAAGGAGAACUUUGUCAAGAUGAAAACAUGGAAACUUCCAGUGAACAUCAUUGUUGUGAGGAAUCCCUUGACCCGUCUUGAGUCUGCAUACAGGGACAAAUUCCUAGGCGGUGGAGCGAUCUCCUCGUACACGGAGAGCUGGAGACGAGCCACCUUCAGCGAGGACUUGUGGUUCGACCGAUGGGUUCAGUACUGGUUCCUGGGCCUCAUAGCACGCGGUUCAAUCCCUCCUACACACUGGUUCACCGAGAGGCUAGCGAGGAUGAAGGAUGUCAAGGAUACUUCGCGAUUCACUUUACCCAGCGCGGAGAUGAAGCAUUACGUCACCCAGGAAUACGGACCAAGGAUGAAUAAACUGAGGGAGGAUUUCUCAAACACCAGGUUCAGUUUUGAGGACUUUUUGAAGUUUGUGUUGUUUUCUUACGAUAUGGGUAUUAUGGACUACCAUUGGACGCCAAUUACGGUACUUUGUGAUCCCUGUAAACAACCUUACGAUUAUAUAAUACACACAGAGAGCAUGAGAGAUGAGAUGGCUUACUUGCUUAGAGUCUUCGAGCCUCCUGGUAUAUCUGAAAUGCCGCACAGAAAAAGCACUAGGGACUUGUUCUAUGUACCGAAGUCUGGGUACUACAAGUAUGUCUCUAACGCGACUAUGCAGAGAAUUCUGAAUGUGUACAGAAAUGACUUUGAACUUUUUGGUUAUUCAAUUUGA